AUGUCGACGAUCCCAGUCGCAAAAAGGCCUCAAGAGAAGCCUACUAAAGGCAGGCCUGUCCAAGUAAUGGCAAACUUUCUACCUAUCACAAAGUUCCAAUACCCACAAGUUCAAGCAUAUUCUUUAGAAGUUACUAAUCAGAUGAGACAACAAGCAAAUAAAAAAGAAUCAGAAGCUGUCUUUCUUCAAAUGUGCAAAGAAAAAAAAUUUGGUGAAAGAGCUUCACCUGCUUAUGAUGGAAAUCUAGUCCAAGUUCCAUCUCAAGAUGACGUUGGUCGACCAAAACGUUUUACCGCCAUUCUUAAAUAUUCUCGUCCUUUCGAUCUUAGAGAAAUGAGGGAAUAUAUUAAAGAAAAUAGUGAUCAACCUUGGGAUGGAACAAUUCAAAACAUCUUAAUUGUUCUUAACGCGUUCCUCAAUUCCAAGGUUCGCACUCAACAUUUAACUCUAGGUAGGAAAGCAAUAUUUCCAAAACCAGAGGAAAAGAAUCGACGUUUCUUACAUGGAGGUGUUGAACUUAUGAUGGGGUACUGGCAAAGUAUUCGUCCUGGAUGGAACCAAUUACUUAUAAAUGUUGAUACAUGUGCUGCUACCUAUUAUCCAAAUGGUCUGAUGAUCGAUAUUAUUCCUAAGGUUCUGCCCAAGGUUCAGAAUCAAGGAAAUUUUAGAGAAAGAACAAAAGAUGAUCUGCGACGUGGUCUUUCCCCUGAUGAUAUUGAAAUUCUAUCAAAAUUUUUCAGAGAUGUUAAUAUAACAACUACCAAUCGAGGUAGUAAUGGCUUGAAGCAAAAACAUAAAGUCAUAUCUAUUACAUACAAAUCUGCUGAUGAAAUUACCCUAGGCAGAAAUAGAAUUACUGUUACUCAACAAUAUAAGAAUGAUAAUAUUAAUUUACAGUUCCCAAUGCUUCCAUGUGUUCGUACAAAAAAACCUAAAGUCGGUGAUAUAUAUUUACCCUUGGAAAUUUGCGUUGUAAUUUCUGGUCAAAAAUAUAGCACCGAAUCUCUCACUCAUGCACAAUUACAUGACAUGGUCGAGCAAACUGCUGCUCCACCGCGAAAAAGAUUUGACAAAAUUUCUCAUGCAAAUAGUCAUAUUUACCAACAUUCGAUUGAUAAAGCCUUACAGUCUAUUGGAAUGGAGGUUGGAUCACAAUUCGUUAAAUUACAAUCUCGUGUAAUUCCUGCACCAAAGUUAAUUUCACACGAAAACUCGGAAAUUACUCCUCAAUUAGGUUCUUGGGAAUCUAAAAGAUUUAUCAAGAAUGUACAAAACAAAACACCCACAAUCAACUAUGGUAACUCCCAAGGCGAUUAUAAAAAAUCGCUAACGAUUGCUGCACAAAAUGCAAUAUCUUCUGCCCCAUCUAAGCCACCUCAAUUAAUUAUAUGUAUCAUUCAAAAGAAAAUAAAUGGUGCUUCUGGAAUACAUCCACAAAUUAAAAAAAUUUGUGGUGUUGAUUUGGGUGUCAUAUCACAAUGUAUUAUUUCUGAAAGUAUGACAGGAAAAAAUCCUUCAAAAUGGGUGCAAAUUUGUGGAAAUGUAGCUCUUAAAAUUAAUGGAAAAUUAGGUGGAAAGAAUCACUCAUUAGCAGAUAAUGAACUCAAUUUCAAGGCAGAUAAAAGAUAUAUGGUAUUUGGUGCUGAUGUUUUCCAUCCUGGUAGAGAGGAUAAGAAAGGUCGUCCAUCUGUGGCCGCUGUUUGUGCAUCAAUGGAUCAGACAAUAACUACAUAUGUUUCUCGUUAUCGUAUGAAUAAAACCUUGAAAAAUGAAAUAAUAGAGACAAUUGAUGAUAUGGCCAUAGAAUUACUUGAGGAAUUCAAAAAAAGAAAUGGUGGUCUUCCUGAUCAAAUUGUAUUCUAUCGUGAUGGUGUUGCAGAAGGACAGUUCGAAAAGGUCAUGAAUGAAGAGGUUGAGUUGUUAAAGCGUGCGUUCCAAAAGAUUUAUUCACCAAGUCCACCUCCAAAGCUCACAUUUAUUAUCGUGCAAAAACGUCAUCAUGCUCGCUUUAUGCCAGUAGAUCCUAAAGAUGCUGAUCCUAAUGGAAAUGGAAAUUGUCUCCCAGGAACUGUAAUUGAUUCCGGCAUUGUGGUGCCUCAAUACUUUAGUUUUUAUUUACAAUCUCAUGCUAGCCCGCGUGGAACUGCUAGGUCAACUUAUUAUCAUGUGAUACUAAAUGAAGGAAACUUCUCUUCUGAUGAGAUGUAUGAAUUGACUUAUAAAUUAUGCUUUUUAUCCGUUAGAUGCAACCUAUCAAUUUCUCACGUCACUCCAGUGCAUUAUGCUCACCAUAUUGCAAAUCAAGCAAAACACUUUGUCACAUUUGAUGAAAUUAUAGAAGAUACAUUUGGUGGUCGUGGUGGUAGAGGUGGUAGAGGCGGUAGGGGCAGAGGCCGCGGUGGUCGUGGUGGUCGCGGUGGUCGCGGGGGCCGUGGGGGCCGUGGUGGAGGAAAUGUUAGUCUCGAACCAAGUGAACGACCAAAAGUUUUAAACGGAGAUUGGCAACGCGUAAAAGCUUGUAUUGAAAAUACAAUGUUUUUUGUAUAA